UCGCAUCUCCAUAAAAGCCCUCCACAAACGAUGCGAGAUCGCUGCGUGGACACAGGCAGAGUGUUAAUAAGCAGCAUCCGUUUCGGUCAAAAGCACUCUGCACUGUCUGAAACAUAAACCUCCGAUCUGAAGCAGCGAACAACUCAAGGAAAGUUACUGUUCAGUGAUUGGGUGACCGUCUACGCCCCUAAAUUGCAUUCAUAAGGCAGCAUGCCUAGUCAAGAAAUCCCUUUCCAACAACAUACCCUGACAGCCGGCAAGGCCUUGCCGGUCGUCUGUCAGUCGUCGAAGGGCGAGCUUCCAACGCCCUCGCGUGUCGCCGAAGUUAUCCUUCGAUACGGAAGCAUACGUAAUGAACCCCUACUAGGCGAGCCGCCAUCCGCAUUUGGAAAAUCUUCGCUCACGAGAGCUCCACCUCGAGAAACGCAAUCGUCAACCUUGUCACAAAUCUUUGCGUGUAAACCCAACGAGGGGUGUUCGUCGCUCACACCAAGGACUAUGUCAUCGACCACACAUCAUGCGAUGAAUUUGGUAGGCACGAGACCACAAUAUAAUGUCGAGACUGUUGGUCGCCUUCACUCUAAGAAUAGACAGCCUAAAGACUGGUACCCGAAGUCACGUCGACUGUACCCACAACCACGGUUAAGACCGAAGGUCAACAGCACAGCCCAUGGUACUAUCGACCGAAUUCUAUCACCCCGCAGACUUUAGGACAUGACUAUUCGAAAAUAGAUACAAAGCCGACGUCACCGCAUACGCUCAGAACACGUCCACCUCCACGCGUCAGGUGUCGUUCGUACCGAAAAAUUGACUCUCCA